GUAUUAUUUCUUCAGCCCUCCUGUAGUUCUCUUUCGGAGGCAUUGCAAAAUACAGACAGUAGAGGGCAGCAAGCUCUAAUAAAACCAUAAUUGUCCUGCGGAAAUGUUAGUACUUCAGCUUUUUUUGAUUGCUCAUUUUUGUAGCCCAGCUUAUAUCUUAUUUUGAACUUCCUGACUUCCAAGCCUGGGGUUUUCAAUAAAGGGCUAAUGAAAUGUGCUGGACUUUUAAUAACGUUCAGUUUUAAACUGGUUGUUUAAACACCUUGUAUCUGCUAAGCAUUCCCUUUACCUACUGUUUUCCGUUUGAGGAGCUGGGUUUAACAACGGUCAAAUCAAUUUCCUAGUCUAAAGGUUAGUGGUAGUUUUUUUUUUAUACCUUAACUUCAAAUGCUGUUCUGCAUAACAAGGCUGGUAAUCUCUCAGUUUGUCGGAGUCUAUGUAUACUAACCCAGAUUAGAGUCUUAAGACUUGGCUUUAUUGACAAAACAUUGCACUUAUCCUUAAAAUUUCUGAUGUUUGACUUUCUAGUUUUAGUCUAUAAAUAUUUAAAAUACGUAUGUAGCUCCCUAAUGAUAUCGGGAUUGUAAAGCCCCCCCAGUCAUUUCACUGGCACAAGGAGCAUUUUAGCCCUCCUGUUACUUGCAUAAUUCCCUAGAGUUUUACCUUGGAGUUGCAAAUUCCUGAAAGGAAUGAUGAGCUGUUAUUUGAGGAUCUGCAUGAAGCUUGAUCUAUGUCCAUAUAUUGUCUCCUGGCACUCUGCGGUAGUAUUUUCAAUAUGGUGGAAAAUUAAAAAAUGACACCGAGCUGAAUCUGUGUGACUGGCAUCAAAGGGUGAUUGUAAAGAUUCCAUUGAUCAACCAAUUCAUGAAUUUAAUGCGUUAUCUAGUUUUUACAAAUCAGUGGCUGAUUGGUUUUUUAUUUACAGUGAGUGGUCUUGUUCAGUUUUUUAUUUUUAUAAAAUCUCUUCCAUUAACCUGUAGAUUUUCCUUUUUUUUUUUGUGGAACAACACUGCCUUGUGUCAUGCGUGCUUCCCGUCCUGUAAGAAGCAGUUUUUAUUUUUACAAGGUGUUUUUUUUGCAAUGACAUGUGCUCACAAGGCAGAAGACAAAGUGACCGUUCAUUUCGUCAACCGAGAUGGAGAAAAGAUCACUGUGCAGGGCAACACUGGGGACUCUUUAUUAGAUGUUGUGAUUGACAAAAACCUAGAUUUUGAUGGCUUUGGUGCCUGCGAGGGGACCCUGGCCUGCUCCACCUGCCAUUUAAUCUUUGAGAAAGACGUCUAUAAGCAGCUCGGCCCGAUCACAGACGAGGAGAUGGACAUGCUGGACUUGGCCUACGGGCUGACUGACACCUCCCGCCUGGGCUGUCAGAUCUGCCUCUCAAAGUCUCUGGAUGGAAUGACCGUUAAAGUUCCCGAGAGCGUGUCUGACGUUCGGCAGUCCGUGGACGUCGGCACGACAACUUCCUAAACCCCCCGGCGGUUUUAGACUCUCAGUGAAUCAGAUGCUCACUUUAAUUAAUAAAUAUUUUUAAUGGUAUGGUUAUACAGUUGUUUAGACGCGUCGCCUUCAUCCCUUGCCGUCUGAUAAGUGGUGUGUGUUCAUGACGGAGGGUGAUGAUUUCUUGUUUUCCACACCUAUCGAGAUCAUCUUACUGCUGGCUGCAUUGCAGGACUCGGCCGAAAUCAGGCAUCAAAAAGAGAAGCCGACUGCCGUCUCGGAUUGGCUUAUGGCACUAGGGAUUCGUAAAUCACGGGAAUGUCACUUUAUGAGGGACACAGGCGUCAGCUGGAGAAGCAUUGAGUGGUGACCUCGGCCGUUUGUCCACAAUGCGGUGUGAACUCCCACAACCCUGCUCUUUCCUAAGGCUGUGGAGUGAGAGAGGCGUUGAGAAACAGAAGAGAUUGAGCCGAAAGAAAUAAUGUGGCGAGACCUGGGCUGGGGAGGAGUGUGCACAGAAGUAACUGUAGUGACUGUCCUUGUGUCAUGAGGAGCCCUUGUCUGAAAGUUGGGCUCUUGGUGAUUAUGGUACUUCUAGGAUACAGAGCUAGAGAUAUGCCUUUGCACGCAAGCAAUUCGUACUUAAAUUAAGUGUGGGAUGAAAAAGCAAUUAUAUUUCCUAGAAGCUAUUGCUUUUGGCAUAUGCUUUGACCACACACUGGUGCAAUAAAACCAGAAAUAAGAGCAUAAUCACUUGGCACUGCAAAAAAUUGCAUUUCGGCUUUUCUCGAGAUGCAGGGCUGUGACGGUAUCUGGUUCAUCAUUGGUAUAUCACUACUGCAGUUGGCUGCAGUUUCUUCAGAAAUACAACGUUUUGGAGGUCCAUUAACCUUUUUGUUGCCCUAACGGUUUCCUGCCUGCUUCUCGGUGCUCUUCUGAUGUGUGGUCUGCAGCCUCGGGUGGGUGUGAUUUCCAUCGCUGUUCCCAGGCAUGAGCCACUCGGGUACUUUGGAGACAUAGUUUGCAUCAGCAGUUCCCUGGAGCUGCACGUUUGAGACAGCAGAGAGAGUGUGCGCCUGAGGUGUUGAAAACCCGUUAUGCCUUAUUAAAGAAUAUUUAAAUGUCCCCUGAAGAUAUUCAAAGUUGAACGUGGAAGGUUGAGGUAAUGGUGACAAACUGUAGGGAUGAUUUUCUGAUGUUUUAAGAAUCUUAGUCUCGUAAUCUGAAUUUCUUACAUUGUACGCCUCCCAGAAUAUGGGUUUAAAUUUGAUUUUUCCAUGCAUUAAUAACUGUUAUCCCAUUUUUUUUGUCAGUCAAGAAGAAACCUAUAUUUGACAUCUAUAUAUUUGAUCAUUUUAAUUUAGAAAUUUGUGGGUGUGUAAGGGUUAACACAAUACAGUGGUACGCGAUUUGUCAACUGCAGUGAACAGGUGAUUUAACAAUAGUUUGAAAAUAAGUUUAAAAUAGUGUAACAGACACCUUUAAGUAAUUUUUCAACUGUAUUAGGAUGUUUUUUAGAUUUGAUCAUGGUGGAAGAGGAUAGAGGGGUAAUUACCGUUAUUUAAAAUUAAAUGCAAAUAAGAUGAUGGGAUAACAUUAAAGAUGAAAAAAUAGUUGUACACAAAAAAUGAGGCAUCUGUUAGUUUGUCUAUUGAGCCGGUUUUAGGAGACUGUGGCCCUGAUUUGUUUGGUGUAAGGUUUUAAAACCUAAUCUGAUGGAUAGGAUGAAUGUCAUCAUAUUUGUCAUCAUUUUCUGCAAAAAGUAAUGUCAACAUUCCUUGCUUUUGUAUCUAAGAAAGCAAUCUCCAUGGGCUGAACUCAUAAAAGUGACUCUCAGUCUUCGAUCUCACAUUAGAUGUAUCCUGUUCACAAAGAAGUCUGCACUGAAUCUUGGCAAUAAUGUAAUUUAUGCAGUAUCAGGCACUUGAGCAAAGCUAGAUUUUGAGUGCCAUUUACUUAAAAGAUGUUGACCAUAUGUUUCAUUUAUUGAUUAAAGAAAUUUUACAGCCUUUAAGAUGGGUGGACAGGUUUAGAAUAGUUUAUCAUUUGAGUUACUUUUAAUUGUAACAGCCUCUCAUGCAAAGGGGUGUCUAUGCACACCUUGUCCUUACAGCAUUAUUGCCUGUUGUCUUUUGUAUAACCUCGCUCAUAUAAGUCUGAAUGUAAUUUCCAUUUUGUUAUAUUUUUACUGAUUUCAUUAACAAUAUAAACAAUAAUAGAACAAUAUAAAUAAGACAUUUAUCUGUACAUAGUUGACUGCUUAAAAUGAGAAGUGGUCUAAGUAUUGUGUAUACCUCAGUACAUAUCCAAGGUUAUCAAUGGGGUUUCACUUUUUGUAGGAACCCCCUAGGACUCUUAAUAGCAAGUGCUGUUAUCAAAAAAUACUACAGUAAAGCAGUGUAGAAGGAUUCUACAGAAUAAAUAUUUACAUGUUAAUUAAAAAAAA